AUGGCCACCGAUCCAUCCACCUAUAAGUUGAACCACUCCAUGAUCCGGGUUAAGGACCCGAAACGAUCUUUGGAGUUCUACAAGUUCCUUGGCCUGAGUUUGAUCAAGAAGAUGGACUUCCCACAAUGGAAAUUCUGCAAUUACUUCCUGUCCUACGAUGGUCCCCAAUCACUACAGGGAGAAACACACUUUACCGACCGCAACGCCAACAUUGAGCUCACCCAUAACUACGGUACCGAGGACGACCCCAAUUACAGCGUUGUGAAUGGCAAUACCGAGCCACACCGAGGCUUCGGUCAUCUCUGCAUCUCGGUCGACAAUAUUGAAGCCGCAUGCAAGCGCAUUGAGGAUGCUGGAUACCCUUUUCAGAAGAAGCUGAGCGAAGGUCGCAUGCGUCACAUUGCCUUCGCAAAGGACCCCGAUGGGUACUGGAUUGAGAUUAUCCGCCGCGGUGACGAGGAUGUUGGCACUACUACCGACCCAUCGACUUAUCGUCUCAACCACACCAUGAUUCGCGUCAAGGACGCCGAGGCGAGUCUCAGGUAUUACACCGAGUCUUUGGGCAUGACUCUCGUGCGCACUAGCGAGAACCCGGAGAAUAAAUUUAACCUUUACUUCCUGGGUUAUGCCAAAUCCAACCCCGAGAUUCGGGAAGGUGCCAAGAACCCAGUCUCUGAGUGGGAAGGUCUGUUGGAGUUGACCUGGAACUAUGGCACUGAGAAGCAGGAGGGCCCAGUCUACCAUAACGGUAACACGGAGCCUCAGGGAUUCGGUCAUAUCUGUAUCACUGUGGAUGAUCUCCCAGCAGCUUGUGAGCGAUUCGAGUCACUGGGUCUCCCCUUCAAGAAGCGCCUGACCGAUGGUCGGAUGCACACGGUCGCGUUUCUGCUUGAUCCCGAUCAGUACUGGGUUGAAGUGAUCCAGAAUGAACGGAUCAAACCUACCAACAACUGGUAG